AUGAAGAAUCUUUUUUACUCUCCAUUUGUAGCAGUUGAUGAUGUUUAUUUUGACAAUUAUCACAUCAAUCUGUGCUAUGAAGCUAUUAAUUAUCAAACAUUUUUACUCAAUGAUACCUUGAAGACCGAAAUUGGCGUUCAAUUCCAUCCAAUUGCGGCAGAAAAUACUCGGUGUUUGCGGGCAUGGGUACGAGACUCGUACAAUGAAGUGAAAACAUAA